ACAACACACAUCAGAUGUACUGCGGUGCGUAUGGGAACUGAACUACGAAAUUUAUCAUCGGGAAGACAACAAAUCUGACCAUUUUUUGUGCUUAAAACAACCAGUGGAAAUACGAUCGUCGAGACGGUGGACAUGGCAACGACACCACCGUCUGCUGCCUUGCGAGCUCUGAGUGUAGAACUAAAGAAAAUAAACGAUGAACCAGUGGAAGGUUUCAAAGUAACUCUCCCAAAUGAAGCGAAUCUGUUCGAAUGGGAAGUGGCGAUCUUUGGGCCACCGGAAACGCUCUACCAAGGGGGAUAUUUUAAGGCACAAAUGAAGUUUCCACACGACUAUCCGUAUUCACCUCCAACGUUCAAGUUUAUCACAAAAAUGUGGCAUCCCAACAUAUAUGAUCAAACCGGUGACGUAUGCAUAUCAAUCCUGCACCCGCCGGUGGACGACCCACAGAGCGGAGAGCUGCCUUCAGAAAGAUGGAAUCCUACACAGAGUGUUAGAACGAUCCUGCUAAGCGUCAUAUCGCUCUUGAACGAACCCAACACAUUCUCGCCUGCCAACGUCGAUGCCUCCGUCAUGUACAGAAAGUGGAAAGACUCCAAGGGCAAAGACAGCGAAUACGCAAAGAUAAUCCAUAAACAAGUCCUUAGGACAAAAGCCGACGCCGAGAAGGACGGCGUGGUGGUCCCUACAACCCUCCAAGACUACUGCCUCAAACCCAAGACACAGACCCCCUCACACAGCUCCCAGGACCUGACGGAUUUCUACGAAGACGACGACUAUGAUGGCGACUACGACGAAGAAGAGGAAGAAGAGGAAGAGUGUUACUAUGACGACGAAGACGACUCAGGCAACGGGGAAUCAUGAUGAUGUCGCAGGCUGCACAAAGCCCUGAACACUUUGUAUAGUUUUACUAGCAUUUGGGGAACAUUAUUUUCUUUCUUUUGUCUUAAUUGUUUUAUGUGUGUUGUUUUUUUUUUGUUGGGGGGGAAGGACGGAUGGGUGGGUGGGUUGGGCAUUUUUUGGGUGAAAAACUCCAUUUUUUGAUAAAGUGUUUUUGCCUUGUUGCGAUGACCACGUUUCUGCUUUUGAGACUUAGCAGACAUUGUCAUGAGAAAAUAGAGACCAUCUUGACUGAAUUUAACGAAUUCUUACAUCAUAACUUCACAUCAUACACACAGAUUCUUUAAACAGUAGUAGACUAUGCACAUGUACAUUUGAAAAUUGUCUGUGGCGUUGACCCAUCCAUGUUCACCAUUAGUAUGACUUUCCUUCAUUUAGGAGCAUCCCAGUAAUUUUUGAAAUGUAAUGGUGAACUUGGAUUGGCCUACAGUGCUCAAGUGAGCAAAACUUCAAUACUUGUGCUUGUACCAAUACAACAAGGCAAAGACAAAAAGUGCCAGAAUGGAUAUUUUCACCCAUUUCUUUGUUACAUGGUUUAUUUAGUUAUGUUUUGUCGAUUUUUUUUUUUUUUGAGGGGGGGGAGGGGGGAUUUGAUGGAAAUUUCAUCCAGUUUUGAGCUUGUGCUUGAUCUCCAAAUGAGCUACCAUAAUAAAUCAGCACAAAUUUAUCCACUUCACUCCGGAGCCACGCUUUGUAGGAUUUCCAAUUCAUCUUUUUUUUCCAGAUUGUCAUCAACCCUAUUUUCCUUGACAUUUUUCUUGACUUCGAAUUUUUAACAUCCAACACUUUAGAAAAUCAAUGCAUAUUCUUCAACAAAAAAAUCAAGCAACGCUCGAAGUAAUUAUCUUAUGUCCGUCGCACUUCAUAUUUUACGAAAAUUCAUGAAAAUAUGGGUGUUGGAUUUUUGGAGUUUUUGGGAUUUUUUUUGGUACGAAAAAAGAAAGAGUGCAUAAUGUAACCUAGUUUAUAAACCAAAGAUUUCUGAGGAGGAUCAUCAAUUUUGAAAUGAAUAUCUGAACCUUGUAGUGAAUCUCUCGCAACAUUUUUUUUGCUCAGAGCCAGAAUUCACCAAUCGUUGUUUCUGUUUAUUGUUUGAAUUAAUUGUUUUCUUCCCCCCUGCAUUUUUUCUUUUGUGUGGUUUUAUUUGUAUCAUAUACCUCAACAUUGAUAUUUCUGUUGGGUUUCAUAAUUGUCAUGAUUUCAGAUUCCAGCAGAUGUAAUUUAACGGGAAACGAAACUUGUAAUAAAGUAAUAAACUCAACCCAUACUUUUAUCACAGAUUGCACUGGGGCGAAGACACUUUUGUACUAAACCUGUAAACUUGAAAAAAAAAAAAAAAAAAUUACUGCUCUAAUUAUGCAAGCUGAAACCAAUUUCUGUGCAUUAAUUUCUGCAUUAUGAUGACAAGUUUAAAUGAAGAAAUUAGCUGAUUUUUGUGUUGUUUUAUGAAUAAGAGUUUGUAAUCAGGAAAAAAAAAUGUAUUUUCAGAACAAAACUCUCCGAACUAAGAAUAUUCAUGGAUGUUUACAACAACGUUGCAUUGGUAUUGAAAUGUAUUCAUUUGACUGUUGUGGAGGGAUGAUAGUAUGGACCUUUGACCUCUAGUACCCAGAAUGCAUUGGUGCAUGGGUCUGACUUUUACGAGAGAUUUGAAAGGUACACUAAUUUUGUUACGGGAACGGCAGGUUGAUUUUUUGUAUAAAAGAAAUGAGUGUUAGAUUUUUGGCAGAUGUUGUCAUUGGUAUGUGAUCAGGUUAUCAUAGAAACGAAAUCAACUCCUAACAAAAUUCGGAGGGGAAGUUGAUUUUGAAGUUCAUGUUUUUUGGAGUUUUUAAUCGUGCAGUUGGUCUGUUUUUAUACCAUAGAAUGUUGUUUAAAUGUUGUUUGUAAUGUUAAAGGGGAUGAAAAUGUUGAAAAAAAAAUCAACAAAAAUUGGGGUCCAUUUCGUCAUCAAAACAUUUUUUCUAAGAAAGUAGAGGCAAAAUGUUGGCGAUAUUAUUUUGGAGGUUCAGCAUAAUGAUUUAUACUUUUUUUCUGUAGUAACCCUAUAGGUUUUGCAGUUGCACACACUCAAAAACUUUACCCAGCUUAGGAAAUACAUUUAACGAGGGUUGAACAUCAAAAUCAAGCUAAAAGGCCUGAGAACGAAUUUCAGAUGGAGAAUGAUCUUGGUUUGGAAUAUUGAAAACAAAUGUCACCCAAAAGCAACAAAAAAAAAAGAAAUAUAUAAAUAAAUUUAAAAAAAUGUUAAUCUGUUUAUUUUCAGUGGCAAUUUCUAUACAUAAUUUUUUUGUUCAAUCAGCAAUUUUUGUACAAAUAUCUUUAAACUCUUCAAUGAAUGUCAAACUUCCAUUGCUUCAAUAUUUUCAGCUCAUAUAUUACACCCUCCCAGCAGUUUUCUAACAUCUUUGAUUUUUUUUUUCUUGGCAUUUUUUUUUACCUGCAAAAAUAAAAUGGUUAGGUUUCUGUUGAUAGGCACAGAUUCUAGGUUAAUACUUUAGUAUAAAAUCUCUUUGUAAUAUUUCCUACUUUUUUGUCUCCAUUAUGACCUAAAUUAUUUAGCUUUCUACAUACACUGUACAAGUAGUCAGAUAGAGUUAUGUGGGACUAGUGAUAAUAGUCAACAAUAAAUGUAAGAAACAAAC